AUUUCCGAGGAUUGUACGUCGGUCCUAGCUGCUCCCCCAUUUGUCCUGAUCGAGUUUGCAGGUAUUAUUAUUGCUCUUUGCUUGUUGUACUGUGACGGCUUGUCCUACCCUUUGUCUAGAGAUAUUGGCUGAAGUUUUGUGGUGUUUCAUAUCAGUAGAUAGCAAGAUAGAAGUCCUGUUACCAAGGUAACAGCAGAUGGUGGUAUCCCUCCGCAAAAUAUGGGGCGGCGGCCGAAAAUUCAGUGCUACGUUUGUGAGUUUGCUGAACACCAGUGGAGACGGUCGAGAAUCAGUCAGUGUCACCUACUCCCCCAACGAAACGAAUACAUCAGUCGAAGAAAAAGAGAAGAAACCAGUAGCUUCCAGAUGUUCUAAAAUAAACAGAUUGUUGAUAGUGCUGGUAGCAGUACUACUGAUAACAGCGAUAGCCCUUAUUUGCUGGCACUUUCUCCGAAAAAGAGAUAAGAAACCCCACGUCUUGUUAUUGAUAGCAGAUGAUCUCGGUUGGGCUGAUGUGGGGUGGCAUAGUUCAGAUAUUUCAACUCCCUACUUGACGAGUCUGGCAAAAGACGGAAUAAUAUUCACACACUUUUACUCGCAACCUAUCUGUACGGCUUCUAGAGCAGCUUUAUUUACAGGCAGGUAUCCCUUCAAAUUGGGGUUACAGGGAUCUCGUCCCAUUUUGGCGGGGGCUCCAGGAAGUCUACCCCUUGAUAUUAAGUUACUCCCAGAGUUAAUGAAGAAGGACGGAUACAGGACCCACUUAGUGGGGAAGUGGCACCUGGGUUUUGAGACGAUUCGACAUACCCCCGUUAUGCGGGGUUUCGAUACCUUCACCGGCUUCUACAAUGGCAUGCAGGACUACUACACGCACACAACCUCCGGAUUUGACACCGUUAACGGCACUGGCGGUUACGACAUGAGACGCGACUACAUCGACUCCGAUGGUGUGCCACACAUUGACAACAUACUGUGGGGUGCCAAGGGUACAUACAACUCUCACUUGUUCACUGAUGAAGCUAUUAAGAUAGUUGAGGAUCACGAGGCUAACUACGAAGACAAGCCACUGUUCCUAGUGAUGUCCUAUCCUAACCCUCACUCUCCUAUACAAGUUCCUGAGGAGUUUAUUCAGUUCCAGGAAAAUGCGCACAUUGAAAACUCAAUCCGGAAGACAUACGCUGGAUUGGUUUACUCAAUGGAUUGCUCUGUCGCGAACAUUACAGAAGCCUUGAAAGAAAAUGAUAUGUUUGACGAUACUGUUGUUCUCUUCAUCAGCGAUAAUGGAGGGAGUUUGACUGCGGUGGAUCAGAAUGUAGGCCCCCACCCUACCGGGUCAUCUAACUAUCCUCUCAGAGGGGACAAAGGGACUCUGUGGGAAGCAGGAAGCAGGGUUCCUGCAUUUAUAUCCGGAAGAAAUGUACAAAAAGGCAAGACGAUAGACGCGAUGGUGCAUAUAACAGAUAUAUACCCGACACUGAUAAGCUACCUCGACCUGGAUAUAGACUACAUGUCACAUGAGAUGGAUGGGUCUGAUCAAUCAAAGCUUAUCAAAAUGGAAUCAGCGGAGACAGCACACGAUUACUUUAUCUACGAUAUAGAUCCUGUGUACGAACAAGCGGCUAUCAGAUACGGGCAAUGGAAGCUUAUCCUUGGAGAUCCAGCAGCAAACGAAGUGGACGGCCGUUACCAAAUAUUAAAAAAAGACCAGUCAUCGUAUGAAGAUGGAGGACUUCCCAUGAAAGAUUACGUUGAGAAAGUCUACCAACUGAUCGGGAUUUACAAGCAAUCUUUAAUAAAUAACCCCAUGUGUAAAAGUGUGGACUGUUUCUAUCCAGAGGGAACGGCAGAAAAGGUGAAAUUGUUCGAUCUAAGUGUGGAUGAGUACGAGUACAACGAUGUCGCCUCCAAACACCCAGAAACAGUAAGAAAACUCCUUGAAAUCCUGGACAAAGAGAUGUCCGAGAUGAUUCCUCCGGUUAACCUACUGGAUAGAGGCGUCGCGGAAGCUAGUCCCAAUCAUUUUAACGGCACCUGGAUGCCUUGGUUGAAGGAAGAUUCAUGAGCCUGAGAAUGAACAAAGUCAGAUCGUGCCCAAUUCCGUACUCUUAGCUUAAUGGAGAGUGUCCAGUUAUCAAUGAAAAUCCUCAAACUGACUGCCAGUCAACCAGUGUAUAACCGUGUCUAGUUUUGAUGCACAAAAUCUAUCAGAAAGAUGGUUCCCUUUUGUUUUUAUUUGUAUUUGCAAACUUUAAGUUGAGGCGUUCAAACCUCGAAGGACGAUAUAUGAUAGUUUAAAGAUAUUCUUGUUUUUACUUGACGUUACUGGUAUUUAUUUGGAAAUUUGAUUCACUGAAAUGAAAGGAAUCUAGGAGGUCGCAAGGGAGUCUUGUAAUUGUCGAUGAUUGAUGGAUAUGGUUAAUGUAAUUUUUAAACAAAUAAUUAGUCUUAAUGCUUAAUUUUUCCCGAUUCAGGGCUUUUGAAACGGGAUAAAAGUGAAAUAAUAAAUAUUGCACUGAUAAAGUGCUUAGGGCAAAUAAAACCGUGUAUGGUUUCAGGUAAAUUCCUCUUAGAAAUCCUCACAAUAUCCCAUAUCAGUUAUAUCGCUGUCUUCUUCAUCUUGUGAUAAGUGAAACAACCAUUUUGAAAUAAAGCAAUGUGAGACUUGUAUAAAAACAGUCAACCUUUGUAAUAAAAUAAAUUAAUCACAUACAUUCUUUAAACAAUUAUCUUAAUCAUGCGUUGAAAAACUUUUCUUGACACUUGACAAAACUCUUGAUCAUCAUAUUCAUAAUCCGCCAUAUUUUAAACCUCGCUGCUUUUUUUUAAAUCUAUCAAUAUCGGGUUUAAUAAGUAUCAUGCAAUGUAUUACAAACCAAAUUUAAUUUAAAUGUUACGGUUCGCAAAUUGAUCAUACCAACAUCUCAAUCUCGAUAGUUCAAUUUGAAAUAUGUAGCUAGUAGCCAUGGGCAACGAAAUUGCCUGCAAUUCGCGUUAAAAUUUCUUUAUUGAAAAUUGGCAUGCAGUAUUUAAAGGCGCAAAAGCGGUAUUACACAAAAUUUAGCUUACGAAAACAAACGGACACUUUACUACGAAAAUAGACUAAAAAGCAUAAUCAUAAGAGCUUAUAACGGCCCCCUGCAGGGCCCUAUACAUAAAUUUUCAUAAACCCCAGCAAUCAGUAUCAAUUCAUUC